AUGUCGGAUAGGGUUGACUGGUUACAAAGCCAAACUGGAGUUUGCAAAGUUGAUGUCUGUUCCCCCGGAGAUGGCCAACCCCAGGACUGGAAAAUGGAAGCCUCACAUGAUCCCAUCAGAGUGCUCAGCUGGCUCCGCAGAGACCUGGAAAAAAGCACAGCAGGGUUCCAAGAUGUUAGAUUCAAGCCUGGAGAAGCAUCAUUUGGUGGGGAAAUGGUCAACUCAGGAGACCCACGCAAAAGUUUCUGUGUGGACUAUUAUAACACCACCACCGAGGGCAGUCCAGGGAGAUUGCAUUUUGAGAUGAGUCACAGAGAGAGCCCUUAUCAGGGCCCCAGUGCCCACGUUGGUAACAGGAGCUCAGUAGACAAAGUUUCCUUCUACGCCACUCGCCUCACAAAUCUCGUCAUAGCCAUGGCCCGCAAGGAGAUCAACGAGAGGAUUGACGGCUCUGAGAGCAAAUGCGUCCAUCAGUCAGUGUACGUGGGGGAUAAGCCCGCACCCAACAAAAGCCUGAGCAAGGUGGCAUCAGAGCUGGUGAACGAGACUGUCUCUGCCUGUUCCAGAAACUCCACCUCGGAUAAGGCUCCUGGCUCCUGUGACAGAGCCUCAGGAACAUUACAGAGUCCCCUGAAUUUAAAAUACAAAAGUGCUUUGAAGAUCAAGGACAGCACCAAGGAAAGCAGGAGUCCAGACGACAAGCCUUCUUCUAAGAAGUCUUUCUUCUAUAAGGAAGUGUUUGAAUCUUGUAACGCAAGUGAUGCCACAGAGGGCGGAAGGUCCUUACCCGCAGAGGGAGAGAUGUUCAGAGAGCGGGAAAGGCCCAGUGACUUCACAGCUUCUGUCAGUCAAGGGAUCAUCACCUAUGCUAACAGUGUGGUGUCUGAUAUGAUGGUCUCCAUCUUGAAGACCCUGAGGAUCCAAGUGAAGGACACGACCAUUGCCACCAUCCUGCUAAAGAAGGUCCUGAUCAAGCACGCGGAAGAGGUGGUCUCAGAUCUCAUUGACUCCUUCAUGAAGAACCUCCAUGACGUCACAGGGGCCCUCAUGACUGAUAUGGACUUUGUCUCGGCUGUGAAAAGAAGUCUCUUCUCUCAUGGAAGCCAGAAGGCCACAGAUAUCAUGGAUGCCAUGCUGGGUAAACUCUACUCAGUGAUAUUUGCCAAGAAGCCUCCUGAGACUGUCAGGAAAACCAAAGACAAGUCUGAGAGUUAUUCCCUCAUGUCCAUGAAAGGAACGAGUGACCCUAAAAACCGAAACGUCAACUUUGCAUCCAUGAAAUCUGAAGGUAAAUUGAGGGAAGAAAAAUGCUCUCCUGCACCCAAACCCGAGAAGGAGAAGACUUGUGCUGAAACUCUGGGUGAGCACAUCAUCCAGGAGGGGCUGUCCCUGUUGCACAGAAAUCAGCAGUAAGAAGGAAAAUCUCCAGGUGUCCAGUGUGCGCCGUUUGUGGCUUCCAACAAACAGUAUAAACCUGCACCAGACUCUCCCUUGGGAGUUCCUUUCGAUCCUGGCAACCUCAGUCCCUCUGUGCAUCACCCAGAGAAACCGGAGAAUUUUAUGUAUGACUCUGACUCCUGGGCCAGGGACCUGAUCAUAUCAGCCUUACUUCUGAUUCAGUACCACCUGGCCCAGGGGGGAAGCAUGGAUGCACAGAGUUUCCUUAAAGCUGCUGGCAGCACCAACUUGCAGGCCAACAGCAAGUCCCCUGCAGUUUCUGAUGAGUCCGGCCUUAGGUCUCCUCAUACGGGGGUUGACCAAGAAGAAGCAGAGAAGGAUCUAAUGAGCGUUUUCUUCAACUUCAUCCAGAACUUACUCGGUGAGACCAUUUUCAGGAGCGACCGUAGCCCUGAACCCAAGCCAGCUAAGGAAGAAGACAGUCCCCAGCGUGAAAGACCUGUAAGUCCUUCUCCCAUCAAAUUAAAUGAAGGCGAUGAGGCUGGAGGUACUUUUGCUGGGCUGACCAAGAAGGUUGCUAACCAGCUAGAUGACCACAUGAACGGGCGAAUGGUAGAACAUCUGAUGGACUCAGUGAUGAAGUUGUGUCUCAUUAUUGCCAAGUCCUGUGACUCUCCAUUGGCAGAACUAGGAGAUGAUAAGUCUGGGGAUACCAACUGGCCAACUUCAGCCUCCCCAGAUAGUUUACAUGAGUGUUUGCCAGCCAAGGGCACAGGGACAGCAGAGAUCCUCCUGAAGAAUGCUUAUGAAGCUAUCUGUAACGAAUUGAGAGGUAUAUCAGCACAGCUCCCCGAAGGGUGUGCAGCACCCAAAGUGAUUGUCAGCAGUCACAACCUAACCGAUACGGUUCAGAACAAGCAACUCCAAGCCGUUCUUCAAUGGGUGGCCGCCUCUGAGCUCAAUGUCCCCGUGUUGUACUUUGCUGGUUACGAUGAAGGAAUCCAGGAGAAGCUACGUCAGCUCUCGGCAGCCGCCGUGGACAAAGGGCGCAGCGUAGGUGAGGUUCUGCAGUCGGUGCUGUGCUAUGAGAAGGAACGACAGCUGCACGAGGCGGUGGGCAACGUCAUGCGGCUGCAGCUGCUGGACUGGCUGAUGGUGAACCUGUGA